UUUUUUACAGUUCAACCAAUGAAAACAUGAAGAUGGACAAAUACGAGAAGCUUGGAAAGAUAGGUGAAGGUUCGUAUGGUGUUGUAUUUAGAUGCAAGCACAAAGAUACCGGGCAGGUUGUGGCAAUAAAGAAAUUCCUUGAUUCUGAGGAUGAUCCUUAUGUCAAAAAGAUUGCUAUGCGUGAAAUUAGAAUGUUAAAGCUGCUGAAGCAUGGAAACUUAGUAAAUUUACUACAAGUCUUUAGAAGAAAGAAAAAGAUUCAUCUUGUGUUCGAGUACUGUCAUCACACGUUGUUGAAUGAGCUAGAAGAAUGCCCUAAUGGGCUGGAAGAAUUACAAAUCAAGAAGAUUAUGUGGCAGGUCCUACAAGCAGUUAACUUCUGUCAUGGACACAAUUGCAUACACAGAGAUGUGAAGCCCGAGAACAUCCUGGUCACAAAAAGUGGAAUCGUAAAGUUGUGCGACUUCGGGUUUGCGAGGCUCCUCAAUGGAGAGGAAGAGUACACAGAUUACGUAGCUACACGAUGGUACCGAGCGCCAGAGUUGCUAGUCGGAGAUACGCAGUACGGUCCUCCAGUAGAUGUUUGGGCUGUAGGUUGUGUGUUUAGUGAGCUGCUGACAGGGCAGCCGCUGUGGCCCGGUAAAACAGGAGACGUUGACCAGAUAUACCUUAUCAGAAAAACUCUGGGUGAUUUGCUGCCAAGACAUCUGAAGAUAUACAAUAACAGUUCGUACUUCAAAGGAGUUGAAUUGAAGGAUCCUGAACGCUAUGAAUCGCUACACGAACGAAUGGGAGUAGAUGUCCCAAAGCAAGCGAUGGAUUUCCUGCAACUCUGUCUUGUGAUGGAUCCCAACAAGCGGGCAACAUGCGAGGACCUCCUCAACCAUUCUUACUUCGACGGAUUUAGAGAGUGGUUCGAAAUAGAACUUGCGCGACUUGUCAAUAUGGAGAAGAAAUCAAACUUUGAAAAGAAACUGAAGCCUGCAAGUAACCAAGCAGUAUUACAAUCAGAGCGACCUAACAACCCUAUACCUCAUAACAUACCUAACAUUCCUCACGAAACUGAGCACAUCCUCCCCCACAUCUCUCUUAAACCUAACGCAGUCGCCUUCGAGCCUCCAGAAAGGGACAGGAGUCUGGUGGUGGGUAGAGUGCAGCGUCCCCUCCUGCGCUCUAACAUCAGUCAGUGUAGCUUGGGAGCCACCUCUCUAGCCCCCUCUCACCACCCCUCGUCUCUUCAACCCUCCCCUAAACCGCACAAUCGUACUGGCAUUCCUGAACUCCGUACUGGCAUUCCUGAACUCAACAAACAUUUCAAGAUGGCGGACAAGGGAAACACUAGAGUUCUGGACAGCAAAUACCGACAACUUCCCGCCAUCAUGUCAAGAUCUAACGAGGAACCCGGACCUCCCAAACAACUUAAACCUCUCGACCACAAGUUCUCCCACCCCGAUCUGCACUAUCAGAACUCUAAACAUUUCGCUGAUGUGGAUUUCAGGGCUGGACAUUUCGAGCCGGGUGCGGGGUUUAGAGGGGGAUUCCCGGAGAGGGGCUUCGAAACGAGACAUAACACACGGGACAGCUUCCACCAUCCGUACGAUAACUUCAAGUAGUGGAGGUUGAGGGACCCACAGUGUUGUGGGGAUGAAGUUGAACACCCGCCAUGUCUGAUGUCGUGGUAAUGACGUUACUGAGCCAGGGCGGCAUUUUAUGGAGGGUCUUUGUGAUGUGAUUAUGAUCCUCCUCCUUGCAAACCACUGAAAGACGCUGGAUUUCGAGCCCAAUUUUUUGUAGCUGUAGAUUUAGUUGUUGAUUGGUGAUAUUUAUUGUCAUUUUCAUUUGUUUCGUAUGCACUGUAACAUUGAUUUCAUGACUUGACUUGCAGUAACUUUAGUCCAUGCUCUGUAAAUGGUUCAGAUAAGAGUUUUAAUUUAAGUUUUGAGAUGAGAUUAAAGGUUGUAAUCUUGCUGCAAAUGUAAAAAUGAACCUUGAUCAGAAUAGAAAUUGAUCAUUAAGAGUAGUAAUGUAACUGAUAUUAUUUUCAGCUGUCAGUGUCGAUUUGACAUAGAAUUGAUAUUAUCAAACAUAUCAAGAUGAAUGUUGAUUGAAGAUUUAUUGAGUUUAGAUUUAAUUGGUAUUGGUAACUUAAUAUAUUGUAUAUUAUCCAAUUUAUGAUAUUCAUUUUAUAGGGCUGCCUGCAGCACCUGGU